AAAAGAGAAAAAACCCUUUCUACAAAGGUAUUUUGGCGCGUCAGAGAACAUUACUCUCUGCCUUCUCGUUUUCUUUCACUAGCAAAACCCUUUGGUCUUCUUCCGAUUUUUCCCCGUUCAAAAACCCUAGCGUUUCACCUCUGGAACCCAUUGUUCUAAGAUUGGGGAACUAACGCCUCCAUUUUUUGGGUUUUCCAUCAAUGAAAUCUGAUCCGACACCGCUGCUCAGGACUUUGGUGUGCUCGACUCUGUUUUCUGUUUAUUGAGUACACACGAAGACGAUCAUCCCCCUUUUUGUUUUGUUUGUGCCUGGCAUGCAUAGCCCCACCAGGCAAAACAAGAUGCUCUCGAGUAAGGAAUGCAGACUGGAGAUGUCUCACAGAAGAGAAAGGAGAAGUGACCGUAGGUACUCUGAGCUAGAAGAACUAGAGCAUAGGUACUAUAAAGAAUUGAGGAACGAAGUUGUCAGAAUCCAUGGUGCUGGGAAGUAUCUCCGAUGCCCUUAUUGUCAGGAUCAUGCAAGAAGGGAGUAUGACGUAAGGGAGCUAGAAAGGCAUGCAUCUAGAAUUGCGAGAGAGUCAAAAAGUGCAAGCUUCAAAGACAAAGCUAGACAUCUGGGACUGCUUAAGUACUUGGAUUGGUAUGGGCAUGGGAAGGGGAAGUCAUCACAAUCGAAUAAGAGAGAAAUAGUGUCUGAAUCAGGUGAAAUAGCAUCUAUGAAAGAAGGUAUAGCUCCUGAAAUGGAUGAUUUAUGCAUUGAGCCUGGAGAAAUAAUUACCAAAUCAGCAGAUAUUGGUAUGGUUCGCAAAGAUUCAGUAAAAUCUCAUGGAAGAAUUUUAAAACAGGGCUUGCAAUCCCCAUCUCAUGCAGCUAUGAGGCAAUCUACUCAGAAAAGUGAUGAUGAGCCUAUUGUUUGGCCUUGGAUGGCUAUUGUUGCCAACCUUCCAGUUGAAAAAAAGAAUGGAAGGUAUGCUGGUGAAAGUGGUCGAAAGCUGAGAGAGGAGUUGGUUACCCAAGGAUACAAUCCUAUAAAAGUUCAUCCUUUGUGGGAUUUCCAGGGGCACUCUGGGUUUGCAAUUGCUGAAUUUAACAAAGAUUGGGAGGGAUUCAAGGACGCUAUGGCUUUUGAGAAAGCAUUUGAAAUGGAUCACCAUGGAAAGAGAGAUUGGUAUGCAAAAGGACAUAAAGGAGAUAAGCUGUAUGGUUGGCUUGCCCGUGGAGAAGAGUAUUGGGGAAGGGGUCUCGUGGGUAAGCACCUUCAGAAGAAUGGAGAUCUUAAGACUGUGUCUGACAUACAAAAUGAAGAUAGAAGGAAAGACAAAAGCCUAAUGUGCAACUUGACUAAUGAAUUGGAGUCGAAGAAGAAGAAGUGUGAAGAGAUAAAGAAGAACAUUAGCAAGACUGAAAUUUUUAUGGGAAAUAUUAUGGUGCAAAAGGAAGAGAUGGUUAAAAGCUACAAUGAAGAGAUGAAGAAGAUGCAGGAUAAUGCAUCUAAGAAGCUGCGUCAAAUUUCUGAGGAGCACAAGAGAAGUAAAUCAGAGUUGGAGGCUCAGAGAGAAGCAUUGAAGUUAAGGGAGAAAGGCCUAAGACAACGCCAAGCUCUGAAUGAGAGUGAGAAGAAGAAGUUGGAUAACCAGAAAAAAAUGAAUGAGAUGGCAAUUCUGCAACAAAAGAAGGCCGAUCAGCAAAUGCUUAAUCUUGUAGAGGAACAAAAAAGGCAAAAGCAACUCCUUCACAAAAAGAUUAUAGAGCUUGAAGCGAAGCUUGACCAGAAGCAAGCACUGGAGUUGCAGAUACAGCGGAUGAAGGGUGCUAUAGAGGUUAUGAAAUACAUUACGGAUGAAGGAGAUAAGGAGGACGAAAAGAAGUUAGAGUCAGUUGAAGAGGAGCUUCGGGAUAAAUUAGAAGAACUUGAUGGUCUGGAAUCUCUGAAUCAAGCAUUAAUUAUCAAGGAGAGAAGGACCAACGAUGAGCUGCAGGAAGCCCGCAAGCAGCUAAUAAAAUGUUUGAAGGAUAGCCGUGCUAACAUUUGUGUUAAGAGGAUGGGCGAGCUUGAUGGAAAGCCAUUUGUCAAAGCUGCAAAUAUGAAGUAUGGUGGUGAAAAUGUGACUGUAAAAGCAAUGGAACUCUGUUCCUUGUGGGAAGAUUACCUGAGGGAUCCAAGCUGGCAUCCAUAUAAGGUGGUCAUGGAUGGAGGAAACCCUAAGGAAGUACUUGAUGAAAAUGAUGAGAAGUUGAAGGAACUGAAGACUGAAUUAGGGGAUGAAGUGUAUGAGACUGUGACGACGGCUCUGCAUGAGAUGAAUGAGUACAACCCUAGUGGUAGGUAUCCAGUACCGGAGCUGUGGAAUUCCAACGAAAAGAGGAAGGGUUCCUUAAAAGAGGGGAUUGAGCAUUUACUUAAACAGUGGAAGAACCACAAAGCAAAACGGCGAAGAAACUGAAGUUAUGCAGAAAAGUUCAAGUGCUGGGACCGAUGCUAUAUCAUGUUAAUCUGCUUCCUGACUUGAUGCAAGCACUAUCCGGCAACUCUGUAUUUGGCCUUGGUUUAGCCAUUCUAACAAACUAGGAAAAGUAGAUCUGCAGAUUUUCUUAGAAUACCAGAUUUGUAUGAACUCACAACUGUAUAUAGUAGUCGAGAAUUGAAUAAGUAUUUUUUACUCA